UUGCUCUAUUGAUUUUAUAAACUCAAUAUAAAUAUGGCAGUCGGGCUUGGUCCUCCAAAAACUCAACAUGUAUUGCUGUUCAUUUUUUUUAAGAUUUUUAUUCAUUUCAUUAUUUUUUUAUGUCUGUUUAUGCUCAGAAGAUGAAGAAAGAUUGGUAAGAAAUUUAUUUAGAGGAUACAAUAAACUCAUCAGGCCAGUUCUCAAUUCUUCAGAUACAGUUUUAGUACAUUUGGGUUUAACAUUUACACAGCUACUCAGUGUGAAUGAAAGAAAUCAAGUUAUGAAAUCAAAUGUUUGGAUGGAUUUAAAUUGGAAUGAUUAUCAAUUUAAAUGGGAUAAAAAUGAGUAUGAUGGUAUCGAAACAAUUCGUGUACCAUGUGACAAGGUUUGGAAGCCAGACAUUGUGUUGUUUAACAAUGCUGAUGGUAAUUAUGAGGUUCGUUAUAAAAGCAACGUGGUCAUAACAUCAGAUGGCUCAGUGAAUUGGGUACCUCCAGCAAUAUUUUUGAGUUCAUGUGCAAUCGACGUAACAUAUUUUCCAUUUGAUCAGCAAACUUGCAUUAUGAAAUUUGGCUCUUGGACAUUUAAUGGUGAUCAAGUUGCACUGGCAUUUCCGAUAAAUAAAUCAUUCAUUGAUUUAUCAGACUAUGGACGAAGUGGAGCAUGGGAUAUAAUUGAUGUACCAGCAUACUUAAAUACUUACAGAGAUAUCAACAAAACAGAAACAGACAUAACAUUUUAUUUGAUAAUCAGACGUAAAACAUUAUUCUACACAGUAAAUUUAAUUCUUCCAACAGUGCUGAUAUCAUUUCUUUGUGUUCUUGUAUUUUAUUUACCAGCUGAAGCAAAUGAAAAAGUAACACUUGGUAUCAGUAUUCUUUUGUCACUGGUUGUGUUUCUUUUACUUGUUAGUAAAAUAUUGCCACCAACGUCAUUGGUAAUGCCAUUAAUAUCGAAAUAUUUAUUAUUUACAUUUAUCAUGAAUACUGUUAGUAUACUGGUAACAGUUGUUAUAUUAAAUUGGAAUUUUCGUAGUCCAAGAACACAUGCAAUGUCAAAAUUAGUACGUCAAAUUUUUUUAAGAAUUUUACCACGUAUAUUAUGUAUGCAAAGACCAAAAAAAACACGUUUAAGGUGGAUGAUGGAAAGACCAAAUUUAAGUAUAACAAAAAAUAGCAAUUAUUCAUCAAGUUUUACUGAAAUGACAAAUAUAAAUGAUCAUAAUAAAAUUGAAACUGUUGAAUUAUCUGAUCUUCAUCAUCCAAAUUGUAAAAUUAAUCUUGAUGCACAUGUAUCAACAAUUGGAGGAUCAAGUACAGCUAAUGGAACAUAUCAUGGAUUUGAUAUUAAAAGAGAUUCAAUUACUUCGGAUUCAGCAACAAUGGGAACAAUGGCUACAAAAGCACUCAGUGCUGUUGAAUUUAUAUCUGAACAUCUUAAAAAUGAAGAUCUUUUUAUUCAGACACGUGAAGAUUGGAAAUAUGUGGCAAUGGUUAUUGAUCGUUUACAACUUUAUAUAUUUUUUUUUGUAACGACAUUUGGAACAAUUAAAAUUCUCAUGGAUGCACCACAUAUUUUUGAAUAUGUUGAUCAAGAAAAAUUGAUUGCAAUGUAUACAAAAAAUCAAUCUAUUGUUAAUUAGCAUUGUUCCUUGUUUUUUAAUCAAGUCAUUGAAAUGACGAAAUUUAGCCUCAUUAAAUUCUUCGACAAGAGGGAAAAUUCUUCUUUGCAACGAGUACAAUAAUUAUUAUUUAAAAUUAUCGAGGAAUUGAAGAAAGGGGUGCUAAAUUAUAUCGAAUUUAAUACAACUUAAUAUUUUAUUGAUAGAUGAUAUUUAAUGUUACUCAGGUGAAUUGAAUUAAUGCUCAAUAAUUUUGUUGUUUUCAACAAAUGCAAUAUUACAGAUCAAAUUAUUUUAUCAAUAAUUGAAAACAAAAAAUAUAUUUACAAUAAUUAUUAAUAUACAUAUAAAUUGUCAAUGACAAAACUACCUCAAAUAAAAAAAUAAAAUACAAAUGAAAAAGUACAAAAUAAAAUAUUGAAAAAUGUUAAAACAAUAUUAUAUUUAAAUUUAAAAAAAAAAAAAAUACAAACAGUACAAAAUAAUUUAUAAAAUAAAUUUAGAAAAUAAAAAUAUGUUUGCAAAUAGAAAAAAGAAAAUAUGUAAAUUUAAAAAAAUAAAAUAAAAUAAUUUAUUGAGAUAAUUAAAUAAUGUAGAUUGAUUAAAAUUAUAUUUAAAAAAUUUUUUUGUAGUAAUUUUUGCUGAUGAUAAAUAAAGUUGAAUUUAAAUUAAAAAAAAA